GAAAACAAACAAUCACUGAGAAGUCUCAAAGAAAUACACCACGUGAGGGGAAAAAACUGGGAGAAGAUUCGGAAUAUUAUCGUCUUUCCUAUGGUCAAACCGGUGCCCCUCUUCAGGAGAACUGAUUUCAAAUUAUUAUGCAGCUACAAGGAUCUCUUCUAUCUCAGGGUGUCUAAGCUGCUGGAUUGCUUUUCGCCCAAAUCAAUGUGGUUUCUUUGGAACAUUUUCAGCAAAAGAACGCAUAUGCUGCAGUGUCUUUGUGGCAAGAGUCUUAAGAAAAACAAGAACCCAACUGAUCCCCAGCUCAAGGGCAUAGUGACCAGGUUAUAUUGCAGGCAAGGCUACUACUUGCAAAUGCACCCCGAUGGAGCUCUCGAUGGAACCAAGGAUGACAGCACUAAUUCUACACUGUUCAACCUCAUACCAGUGGGACUGCGGGUUGUUGCCAUCCAGGGAGUGAAGACGGGGCUAUAUAUCGCCAUGAAUGGAGAAGGUUACCUCUACCCAUCAGAACUUUUUACGCCUGAAUGCAAGUUUAAAGAAUCUGUUUUUGAAAACUAUUAUGUAAUCUACUCAUCCAUGCUAUACAGACAACAGGAAUCUGGUAGAGCCUGGUUUUUGGGAUUGAAUAAGGAAGGACAAGCUAUGAAAGGAAACAGAGUAAAGAAAACAAAACCAGCAGCUCAUUUUUUACCUAAGCCAUUGGAAGUUGCCAUGUACCGAGAACCAUCGUUGCAUGAUGUUGGAGAAACGGUCCCGAAGGCUGGGGUGACGCCAAGUAAAAGCACUAGUGCAUCUGCAAUAAUGAACGGAGGCAAACCAGUGAACAAGAGUAAGACGACAUAGCCAGAUCCUCACGGGUGCUGUGACUUAUUCGUCCUGAGCACAGUUGAGUGAUUUAUCCUUACCAGACACCCCUGCUCCUGUGGCUGAGGAGCAGCUGGAAGUAAGCAAAUGCUUUUUCUUUGCUGUCUCAGAACUUCUUUGUUGCAA